AUGAAUAUUAAUUUACUCAAAUGCUUAAAAGAAUAGGAAGAAUAUGAUAAUAUUCUCAAGAAAAACUUUUCAGGGAAUCUUUGCCCUUCAGACUACAAGCAAGUAACUUCAGUGUUUUACUAGCUGAAAAAUGAAAAUAAAUCUAAAGAUUCUAAAUUAUAAAGAUUUCAUAGUGACUUGAAACAAUUAAAAAUAUUGACUAUAAACAUUGCAGAAUUUUCUGAAUAAAGAGUCGGGCUGGCUCAAUUAGAAAAGAUAAUUUAGUCUGAAGAAGUAAAGGGAGAAGUAGAUAUUAUAUGUUUAACUGAAAUUCUAGCUGAGACAUGGAAUUAGUUUGUAACUGAGCGAAUUUUCGAAAAUAAAAAACCUGAAAAGAUGUCAGUAAUUAACAUUAAUGGAGUAAAUUACGAAUGCUUUAUUAACUUCUCUAAGCAAUUAUCUUAAAGAAGUAAGGGAAAAACUAAAUUGAGGAGCUUAGAAAAUAAUAAUAUUGCUGGCUGUGCAGUUUUGAUUAGCACUAAAUUUAAAGAGAGACCUCAUACAGUUAUGUUUGAUAUAAAUCCCACUUUUGAAUAGUAGGAAUAGUUUGCAAUAGAUGAAGAAAAUUAUCUUUGUUUGGAUUAAGAGGGACGAAUAGUUACUCUUCUUUUCAAUAAAUUUUGUUUAAUAAGCAUUUAUGCUCCUAAAGACUCCAUAAAAUACUAAGAGCAAUUUGAUAUUUGGUAAUAAUACUUCAUAAACUACAUAUAAAGUCUCUAAAAAGAAUUAGAUAAGGAUUAUACUUUCAUUUUAACAGGAGAUUUCAACAUCUAAAGAUCGCAUUAAACCUACUAAAAUUUAGUACAAAUUUGCGUAUUAGAAGAAGUGAAAGGGAUAUCACAUUCCUUCUACAAAUAAAAUAGCUAAGAUAAACUUUAAAUAGAUUACACAUUCGUAUCAGCAAAUAACAAGCUAUUCAAAAGCAUGAAAACUGAGCUUGUGUAAUCCUUUGACCACUUAUUAGAAUUAACCAAAUAUCACAUACCAUUCUAAACAAUAUUCUAACAUGAAAUACAAGCCUAAAAUCUCAAAAACCCUAAAACUAAUAAAAUCAAAUAAGACGAGGAUAGUGAAGAAUCAGAAGAUGAUAUUUAAUAUUUAACUUCAAUAAAUAACAAAAUCAAAGCUGCUUAAUCCUAAAUAAGCAAUAUCAAAGAAGAACCUUAAUCCUAAGAAGUAAAUUAAGAAUAAGAUGAAUUUAGCUUUUUGAACUAGAGAUUAUCAGAGCUGAACUUAGAAAAUUAAAAUAUUAAUUAGAGCAACGAUAGUCAGAUUCAAAUCAAAGUAGUACAAGAUUAAAUAAUAGAUUAAAAUGAAACAAAAUAAGUGUAAUAUAAUAAUUAAAAUAAUUUGAGCCCAAAAAAACAAAAAUCUCAUGGAAUUCACAAGUAAUUUUAAAUUCCUUCUACUAUUAAAACUUAUAAAUCAAGUGAAAGCCAAUAGUGA